AUGACCAUGUACGGAAGGCGCCGCAAGAUGACCAUUUCGUGGGACGUCACCCAGGAGGAGUUGCAGUGCUGUGGUGUGAACGACUUUAACGACUGGCGCGAGCGAAUCCCGGAAUCCUGCUGCCUAGAGGAAUACGCCGGCCGGAAACGACCCUGUCAGCAGUUGCAAACUUCGUUGACCAUCUUCGGUCAGGGUUGUUAUGACGCGGUCACGAAAGAAUUGUUCCGAAACGGUUGUAUUUUAGGUGGCGCUGGAUUGGCACUGGCUUUCGUAAUGAUUCCCGGGAUUGUGCUUGCUUACUACAUAAUGACGUCACUCUAA